AUGGAUUUAAAAGAACUUUAAUAAAUCCAUGCAAAAACUGAUAUUGAUUUAUAUAAAAACUUCUUAGCGAACGUCUAUGCUUUAGAUAAAUUUUCAUAAUACGUUAAAAAUUCAGAAAGUAUUAUUGAUACUGAAAAUAUGAUCAUUGUUAAAAGUUAACUAGAUAGUAUGAGUUAUUUAGGGAAUGUAAUUCUUGAUGAUAAUUCUUAAAUUGAUUGCUUUUACUCAUAAAAUGGUGUUUUUUGGUUUUAAAAUUUGUUAAACUAACCAUUUAAUGUAUUUAAUCUUACUUAAAAUUUAACAAUUUAAGAUAUGUAAUUAUAAAACAAUAAAAUAGCCCUCUAUGAUAAUGCUUAAAAGUAAUUAAUACUUUAUAAUGUUUUAUAAACUAUCUAAGAGGUAAAGAAGAUAGAUUUAGAUGUACAAUUUAAUCUUAAAAUAACUAUUACUAAUUGGGAUUAAAUUUCUUUUAUAUGGGUUUAGAAUGAAAAAAUUUAUCUUUAAAGCUUAUAGGCAAACCCACAAUUAUAACUAAUUUCAAAAUUAGAAUCAAACGUUUCUGAGUACUAUUAUUGUCCUCUUUAAAAAGUGAUAGUUGCUAAAUCUAUCUAAUAACUUGUCCAUAUAAUAUAGAUAAAUAAUGAAAAUUGGAAAAAUUUAAAAACAAAAAGUCAAUAUAAUCAAAAAGAGGAGCUACUAUUUCUUGUAAAGUGUGAAGAAAACAUUAUAGUAACAUAUUAUCCAUAUAUUUAACUAUAUGACUUAAUAACUGGAAAUCUCAUAGAUGCAUUUGAUUAAAUCUUUGUUGGAGAAAAUUAGAAUACAUAGAAAAUCAUUCCUUUGAUAGAUUUGAAACAUUAAUAUAAUAUCACAAAUCUAUUUUAUGAUUUUAAGCAUAAUAUCUUGAUUGGAAUCACUAAUUCACUUUGUUAAAUUAACGCAAUAAAUAUUCCAGGAAAUAAUUAAUUAUUUAUAUACGAAACUACAAGUUAAUUUGCUAAAGAUGCUAAUUAUUAUUACUAAGAUCAAACAACUUUAAUAAUAGUAGAUUAUACUCCUAACAUUUAUCUUUACAAUUAUUUAACCCAUGAAGUUACUAUUUUUAAUAUCAAAACAUAUUAAAUAUAAGGUAUCUUAAUGGACGAAAAUAAAAAUUACGAUAAUUACUCUACAAAUUGGUGGAAUGUUCCAUUUGACUAUGAAGAAAGAUAUAAUAACAAUGAUAGCUAAGAAUAAGAUUAAAAGCUUAUAUGCAUAGUAAUUUAAGGAGUAAACAGCUUAAAUGUUUAAAUAAUAAAUGUCGGAACCAAAUAGACAAUAAAUUCUUAUUUUGUUUAUUAUUCUUAAAUAACUAAUAUUGUAGGUGAUCCUUUUAGAAAACUCAUAUAUAUGGUUAAUAACUAAGGGAAUACAUUAGUGUUUUCAUAUACAUUAAAUUUGAUAACAAAUAUUUAAAAUGCUUGUUUAAAAUAAGCAAUUAUUUCUUAUGAUUCUGAUUUUGUAUACUCCAUAUGUCCUAAUGACAUUAUAAUUUAUAAUGGUCUAAGUUUCUAGUAGUAAUUCCCAUAAAUUAACCAUGGAAUUUAAGAAGCUUAAAAUUUGAUUAACACCAGAUAUAAUAACUACUUUAUAAUAAUUUAAAAAUUUAAAUUUUCUGUUAUUUAAAUGGAUGCUUUAACUGAUUAUAAAUUAAUAUAUGAAACUAAUCAAAGUUAUUAGAAGCUACUGAAUAUGUAAAUUGUUUAAGAUUCAAGUUUAUAGAAUUAUUUAGAUCUGCUACUAUGUUCUUAUGAAAGUACACAUCGCUUAACAAUACCUUUAUAAUAGAAUUAAACAUGCUAUAUAGGUAUUUAAUAAUAAAAUAGACCCCUUGAAAAUCUUUACACAAAUAUCACACUAAUAUAAAGUUUGACAAAUUUAUAAAAUUCAAAUUCUAAUUAGAAGCUCACUCUGAUCGAAAUAGAAUAUCAAGAUGGAUAAUAUUUGUAAAAUUAAUGCAACUUAGUUUUAAUUACUAAUAGUGUAUUUCAAAAUAAUACCAAUAGUUAAGGGUUUGGUGGAUCUAUUUAUGCAGUAGAUAAUAGCAUUAUUUAAAUAAAUAAUACUAGAUUUUAUUUAAAUAAAUGUUUAAAAUAAAACGGAGGUGCUAUCAGUAUUUAGAAUAUAAUCAUACCAGGAAAUUUAAUUAUUAUUUAAAGUGAAUUUAUUAAUAAUGAAGCUUAUUACUCAACAGGAGGUGCAAUAAACCUUUAUAAUUCUAAUAUGAUACUGUAAAAUUCAACCCUUUCAUUGAAUAUAGCUUAAAUAGGUGGUGCAAUAUAUUAUGAAUAAAUAAUACCAGAUUUUAUUUUAGAAUUUUAAAAAGGAAAAAAUUUGAACAAUAUUAUAUCUUAAAACUAUGCAAAAAUAUAUGGAAAGAAUUUUGGUUCAACUCUAAGAAAUAUAAAAAUAAAUAUUGAUGAUAUUAAAGUAUCCUAAGAAUAUGCUACGAUAUAAACCUAAAAUGGAAUGAUUGAUGUUAAAUAAUUUAAAAGUGGUGAUAAAAUAUAUUUUAAAAAUGUAUAAAUGCUAGAUGAAGAGAAUAAUCCAAUAGUAAUUUCAUUUAAUAAUCAAAGCUAGUAUAUUUAAUAUAGCUAUGAUGUAUAAACCAUAAUUGAUUCAAUAUAAGUUUCUUUUUAAUGGGAUAAAACUAAUUAAUAGAUAUAGUUAGUAGGAGAACUAUAAUCAAAAUAAUUUGUAGAUAGUGGAUUUGAGCUAAAUGGUUAAAUUAUGUUCAAACCAGAAAAUAGUAUGACACUAUAAAUUGUUUCAAAUAAUUUUCCUUAGCUUAUGGAUUCAAAAGGCAAUAUUUAUAUAUAAUAAGGAUAACUUUAUUAAAAUAUCACAAUUUAUUUUGAUAAAUGUUCUUAAGGAUAAAUUACUAAGUAAUAAAGUAAUUCAAUAAUCUGUGAAGAUUGUCCUGAAGGAAAAUACUCUUUGAAUAUAAAUGAUACAGUUUGCUCAUAAUGUCCUGACUCAGCUAUUAAAUGCUAUAAAUCAACAAUACUUUUAAAAAAUGGAUAUUGGAGGGAAAAUAUAUAAACAGAUUAAAUAUUAUUUUGUCAUUUUAAUCCUAGCUCUUGUCUACCUGAGUCUAAAAACUCUAAAGAUUAUUGUUUAGAAGGAUAUAGAGGACCACUUUGCUAUACUUGUGAUACUUAUGGAGAAUUAUGGGGAAAACACUAUUCAGAAAUGUUUGGUUCUGGGAAAUGUUAUGAAUGCGAAGGCAGUUUUGCUCUUGUUAUCACAGAAAAUAUAAUGAUAUAUAUCUCAAUCUUUUUCUAUAUUUUUGUAAUUUUAAAAAAUAUAAUUAGAAAGCUCUAGGCUAAAUUAGCUGGUUACUUUAUCAAUAAAGCAAAUAUAUUAUUUUUAGGAUCAACACUAAGACAGUCUGAUAAACCUUAAAUAGUAUCCAAAAUUCUAACAGAUCAUUUAUAAAUUUUAUCUUUGAUAAGUUGUUUUUCUUUCAGUCUCCCUAAUUAUUUUAAAACUCCAAUUUAGCUGUCUGGAAAUUCUUUAAGUGUAACAAGUAAAUCUAUUGACUGUUUAUUGUCAAAAUACCCUAUUCUUUAACCUUUAUGGUUUUAUUAAUUUUUGUGGUCACUAAUAUUACCUUUUUCAUUGUUUUUUUUCUACCUGAUAUAUGGAGUUUGCUAAAAAUAUAUCAAAAAAAAUAAAAUUGUACUUAAUUAUCUAAACACAGCUUGCAUCUUUAUUUAUCUCUACUUUUUCCCUAUGGUUAUUAUACUCUUAAGUAGAUCUUUGAAUUGCAUAUAGAUAGGAGAUAAAAGCUACCUAGAUUUAGAUAUAAAUAUAAGAUGUUUCGAUCCUAAAUAUCACAAACCUUUUAUAUUUUAUUUAAGCCUACCAUUAUUAUUUAUUUGGGCGAUAAUAAUUCCUUUGUUUCUUUUUAUUAAAAUAAAAUAAGGAAAGUUAAAAAAAUGGUCAAUAUUUAUUGAAAUAAAAUAUUCAUUUAUAUUUGCAGGAUACAAAGAAAAAUUUUAUUAUUGGGAGUUUGGUAAAUUAGUAUAUAAAUCGUUGCUUAUUAUAAUUUCAAUAUUGAUGCAAUAGAAUGAAGUACUUAAAAUAUGCUUGAUGAAUGUUGCUCUCAUAUUUAAAAUAUUUGUAAUAUUCAAAUUCAAACCAUAUAUUAGCAAAAACUUUAAUAGUAUCUUGUAGAAAUCUGCUAUAAUAUGUGCCUUAUCAUUAAAUUUAAGUUCAAUUAUUUAAAAUAUAUCAAAUCCAUACUAAUAAGCCUUAUUAUGUAUAUUUCUAAUUUUUCUUAAUUUGAAAUACAUUCUAUAAUUAGCUGUUGGAAUAAGCUCAAGAACUAUCUCAAGUGAUUAAUUAAAAAGGAGCAAAAUAGAAAAUUGUUUAAUUUAUUUUAAAUAGAAAUAUCCAUCUUUGUUUGAAAAUAUUCAAAUAGAAAAUAAAAAUAAAAUUAAAUCUCUAAUGAAAUUAAAAAUUGUUAAAAGUAAAAUUAAAAUGUUAGUUGAAUAUUUUAAAAAUAAUAAUUUUUAUGGCAUAGAAUCAGUACAAUAACAUUUUAAUUUACAAAGAACUUCAAUUAUAUCUUCUAAAUCAACAUAAAAUAUAUUAUAAAAUAGAUUUAUUUUAAAUGAUAAAAAAGAAAGUCCUUCCUUCUUUAAGAAGAAAAAUUCUUUUAAAAAUAUGAGAGAUAAAUGGAAUUACUAUACAAGAGGAACCAAAGAAAGCCCUUUAAAUUCUAAUCGUUUUACUUAUGAAGAUAACACAUAAGAUUAUAUUAAAGAAAUAUAAAUUAUGGAAACAGGUAGUUUAUAAACUAAUAGUUGCGAUCAAGGAAAACAACUAACUUUUAAUAUUGAAUCAGAUAAAAAAUAUUAAGAAAUACUAAAUUUAGAUAGUUGA